UUUCACUCUUUUUUUUUUUUUUUUUUUUUUUUUUUUUUCUUCUUCUUUGUUCUCCUCCCCCACCCCUAUCUCAAUCCCUAUGACCUGAUAAUUUUGCUUACGAAGUCAGUUCGACAUGGGCGUGGGACGUCUCUCGUCCUAAUCCGUAUUGUUUUGUAAUGGAGUAAGGUACCUAUGCCUGUGAACUGUGACCAGUCGCACAUCCAUCCAUCCCCUGGCGCUACUCUGCUUCUGCGCGACCCUGUUUGUUAUCAUGCUCCCCCGCUAGUGGCUUGUACCUAUGGCGCCUUUAAACGUGCAGAAAGUGGCUAGUCAUCCCGCUCUGCCCCUUGACUACUGCUGGGCUGGUUUUUUAAAUGGCUUCUGUUCGCUGACAUUUUGGUCGGCUAUCAUUUUUUUCUACACCUGGGUAGUGUGUCUAGCUUCUUUAUCCCUUACCGUCAACAAGACCAAAAAAAACAGCAAAAGAGAAAACAGAGAGAAAACAAAGAGACGAUGAACCAAGCCCCUGAUGGAAGAUGGAUAAGGGUGCCCUCGGCCCCGACAUCACCGGCGCAAACCUCGCACAGGAAUGCAAUCAGAUGGCCUGAACAACUUCAGACGGCCCAUCACUUGGACGCAAGUCAUCGACUGCCCGGAGCGCAUUACCAACAACCGGCCCAACGGUCAGCAAUAACUCAUGAUCAUCUUCACUAUCCGCCCAGACCGCCACCCCAACAACAACAGCAGCAACAACCACCACCACAACAACAACAACAGCAACAGUCUGAUCAGAGCAGUCUCGGCUUCGAGAGAACCUACGAGGUCUCUUCCGAGUACACCGUCAGUCCCAGCCCUCCGAUGUCCGCACACCGUUUCCACCAGCACACCGCUGCUCCCUUACCGCCUCGCUCCCCUCAGCCACAGCCGCAGCAGCGCGAUGACACGCGAAAGAUGAGCUUCGACUCUGUGCUUCAGCUGCCGCCAAGACGGACUAAUGCACGAGCUUCCCAGGCUUGCAACACCUGCAGGAGGCUCAAGACAAAGUGCGACAUGGCCAGACCUUGUAAGACUUGCCGUGACAGAAAGGGAGAUUGCAUUUAUUCUGGCUCGGUAUCAAAGUACCACGACAGAUAUUCACAGCUCUUGUUUGAUGGCCUCCAGCAUGAGAUGGCCAAACUGCAAGAGCGGACAGAGCACAUUGAGCGUGUUCUCGGCAUCAUGACCGCACCGGCGCUCGACAGAGCUCUCACAAACAGCACGGUAGCUUACGGCGAGGCUUUGGCAAUCAGAGAGCAGUGGCAUCCUCAAGCAGCGAGGAUAGAUCCGGGCAUGCAGGCCGCCGUCGUCCCAGAUGUGGUUGGCAGGCCAUUUGGAAAGGCGCCAGCAAAGAUUGACACGAGACCUCCCGUGGGCCCCAACGAUGAUCCCAUCAUGAUGAAUCACCCUACACUGGCUCAGGAGAUCCUGCAAUGGCCUGCAGUCAGUCAUUUUCUUCAGAGACAACUGGCCAGCGAAGGCAUCCAAUCCCCUGCAGAUUUUCCACUUCCCCAAGAGCAGCAGAGAGACCGACUGUGUCCAUCGUUUGGAGCAGGCGAGAGUUACGAAAAGACAGACAAACUUACCCCCAUCACUCAAUACGAGCUGGAACCAACCGGACCUUCGGGGCCGCCGCUACCAAACCGCAUCGACUGGGGGCCAGCAAGUGUUCCGUCUGGCCACAUGAGCCCUGAGGGAGCCGGAUCAAGCCCCCAGGGGAGCUCUGAGCCCGACAUGAGCCCAGAGACGGUCUGGAAGCUUGUACAAAGCUACAAGAGUAACAUACAAAACAUGCACCCACUCAUGGGCCAAGAGGAGCUGGAAGCCAUGGUCAACAAGUUCCUCGAAAACCAGUCCAGCCCUGCAAAAAAGCAAUCGGCCGCGGCCGCCAAGCUUACAGUCAGGAGGCUCAACAAGAGGAAGCGGUCCCCUAUCUGCAAUGGUCAAGACGUUUCAGCGUCUGAAGGCUCGGAUUCGCACACACCGCAGCAUGCACAAAAGCUGGCGAGGUCGGAUGUGACUAUUGACGACGCUGUCAUCCUGUGCAUAUUAGCCCUCGGCAAGAUCAGCUCUCACAAGGAGAGGCUCUCGGGCAGCUUCUCCGAAGACGUGCACUCGUGGCAACACCGUCUGUCGCCGGCGCGACCGGAACAGCAAUACCCAGCCCCCGUAUCGCAAAGCUACCCUCCUCUGCCCGGCACGUUACAUCCGGACCAACACGCUACAGCGAGCCCGAGGAAGCACAUGCACGACAUGCCGGGUCUAGAAUAUCUCAUACAAGCCACCGACAUCAUGUCAAGUCAGAUGCACGCCUGCACCCUCAAGCACGUUCAAGCCAGCAUACUCUGUGGGCUCUACUACGGACAGCUGGGUCGCGCGCUGGAAAGUCUCGAGCAGGUGCAGCAAGCGGCCAUGAUGAUCCAGCAGCUGAUCAGAUCUUAUCUUUAUCGCCUUCAACACAUGGGCAUUUGUGAAGUAAAGGACAACCAACUAAUUUUUGCUUUUUGGACGUGUUUACAACUGGAGAGUGAAAUUCUCGACCAGCUACGUCUCCCAAGAUCCGGGAUUCUUUUGUACGAGCACGUCAUGCCCAAGCCAAACGCCGUCAAGGCCCUGCAGACCGGAGUCGAACAAGACGUCAUGGAACACUACAUGGCGCAGCUCUACCUCAGACGGCAGCUCAACCACAUCCACGAUAUGCUCCAGCCGUCCUGCGACCCCCAACACAUGCUGCACCGGCAGCCCAUGUCUCCGACGACGCCCCUGAUACGCGCCUUCAAGCAGUGCCUCGACAAGUCGGAGUGGGCUUCGGAGCGUCUGCAGUUUGACGACAACGACGCGCCCUCCCCGAACCUCUUGCAGGCGAGGCUGCGCGCCAAGUACUGGAAGGCACUCGUCGCCACCUUCAGGCCCGUCAUCCGCGCCAUCGUCAACAUGCCCUACGAAAUGCCCAUCUACAAGGUGGAGGAGAAUGAGAAUCUUGGCGGGGAGGCAAAUCUCGAGGACAGAGUCGAUGUAUCGCUGUACCCGCUCGACCCGAUCAUGCUGGAGCAUGCCCGACAGGCCGUCAAGGCCCUCGUCGAAAGCACACGAGCCUUUCACGCUAUCCAAGACGCCCGACUCGUCAUACCGGACGUUUUUGGAACGGCACACAUGCAAUGGAGCAACCUGAUUACAUUGGUCGCCAUAUACCGCGACCCUCGCAUCGGCCGCCUCGUCGACGGCGUCACCCUCAGAGACCUCUUUCGACGAACCAUAGAAUUCCUCGGCGUGGUUGUGCACGCCCCAAGCUCGCUUUCGGUCAUACUACGAAUCCUACAGAGGCUAGAGAUGGAGCUCUUUGACGGGAGGACAGACCGGAUCCCGUGAUAUUGUUUUGUUUUAUUAGGGGUUUUUUUAUUUUACAAAAGAAGAACAAGUUUUCCAAAGAUAAUUAGACACGCCGAUAUAUGUGGCACGGAGGGGUACAUAAUCUCUAAUCGUCUAUUACAUACAUACAUACAUACAUACAUACAUAGGUACAUACCUACACACUUACAUACCUACAUACCGAAAAUAAAUACAC